AUGGGCGACCACGUCCUCUUCUUCUACGGAACCCUGAUGGCGCCACAAAUACUCCACAGAGUAAUCCACGGCCAGGCAAACCCAGAACCCUGGCAAAAAGCCAUGCUCCGCUUCCAACCCGCCAUUCUACACGGGUAUCGACGACACCGCGUGCAAGACGCCGAUUACCCAGGGAUCGUGGCAGCUCGAGAGACAGGAACCGAGACAGAGAAGUCAUCUUCGCCGAAAACCAGCACUGGGACAUCAGUCAUCGGAACCCUCGUGUCGGGACUGACAGACGGCGACAUCUACCGACUGGAUAGGUUCGAAGGCUCUGAUUAUGAGAAGAAACAGGUCACUGUGUGUACGCUGCGGGAAGCGCGGGGUGAUAAUAAACAUGCUGGUGAGGGAGUUAGUGAUGAGAAUCGACUGCGCGAAAUGCUUGAUGCGACGAGUACUGAGGCUGAUGAGGGGGAAGAGGUUUCGGCUGUGACUUAUGUGUACACUGCUGGGAAAGAUAUGCUUGAGGAUGCGGAGUGGGACUUUGAGUCGUUCAAGAGGGAUAAGAUGGCGUGGUGGGUUGGGGCUGAUGAGAGUGAGUGGUAG